CCAGGGCCCAACGGAGCUGGGGAUGGAAGCGGCGCCCGGCCCCCACUUCGUGCGGCCCCCCACCCCGACCCUGGCCAACCUGGUCAGGUCCAGCCUGCCCGAGGUGCCGUGCGGCACGGCCUGUGUCAUCAUCCUGGCCGUCUUCACCUACUGGCUCACCUGCUCCCUCGGCCUCCUGGGCACGGCGGCCUUCACGCUGGCCCCCGCCACCAUGAGCCGCUACCAGGUGUACCGCAUAUAUUCAUAUGUGUUCAUCCAUAAAACUAUGAGUGCGCUGGUGUGCAACAUUCUUCUAUUCUGGCAUUUCAGUCGUGGUUUGGAAAAGAGCGUUGGAACAGUGAAGUAUUGGUACCUGAUUUUCGUCUUUACACUGCUCACCGCAAUACUCUACAUUUCCCUGGGUACAUUAAUGGUCGGAAUGAAGAACAUAAGAGAAAUUCAGGGAUUCACUAUAUUAGUAUCUUCCAUUGUGGGAAUGAUAGUCCCACUCUCCCCGAUGAAAACCAUCGUGUUCAUAACGAAUGUUAAAACUGUCCACCUGCCUUUGGUUUUGCUGUUUGUCGCCCUUUUUAUCCCUGAAUCAUACAUUCUGGGCAAUAUCUGUGGACUUGGAGUAGGAUUCUUUUAUGCUUUAGGGAGAAGGUAUUUUCGUUUUCUGGAUAUGUCUGAGUCGACUGCUGCCUCUCUCGAAGGGCAUUACCCAUUUACCCAGUUGAAGGAAAUUUCAGGAACAACCUACUAUCCAGCCUUGUGGGAGGAGAGAAAUCUCGAGCUGACCGAUAGGAUCAAACCUUCACCAGGAUCCUAUCCUACACAAACCUAUUACUGCCCAGCCACUAUCCCAGGGGCUGUGAAUGAGCUGGGACAUUGGUAUGGAACACAGCAUCAACAGAGACCAGGCCAAGGUCUUGGAUACUCCUACGGACAGUGUGGUGAUCACCAACACGCUGAGCGAUGCGAGCAGCCCCAGAUUCAUCCUCAUAGACACCAACAUUCCUACUAUGGCAUCCCUGCUGGUUACACCAGACAGCAAGCUGCGGAGGGACCAGCUCUGCACCACUGAUGCCCCUCUUCACCACUGGAUGCCUUGCACACAAGCCUGGCGAUGCCUUUGAGAGGCGGGCAGAACUCUCCAAUGGGUAAUGGGUAUACAAAGCCUGGCGGCUUUGGCUCGAACAAGCACAAAAGUGCA